GAGGAAUUAAACGCGAGCUGGAAGGCGGGGCUGCUCCCAUUGCCCGCCCCUCCGGUUCUGCCAUUGGCUGUGCGGUCUUGGGUCUCCGCCCCACAGGCCUGCGCCUGCGCGAUGGCCAGGGCGGCGAAUCGUACCUGGUGGUGGGAGGUAGUAGUCCCCGCUUCUCUUCCGCUGGCGGGAGAGUUAGAUAGCCUCUCAGGAAAACACCAUGAAAGAUACUGAUAUCAAGAGACUACUGUAUGCCCAUCUUUUAUGCAUAUUUUCAAUUAUCCUAAGCAUCUUCAUUCCAUCAUUCUUCUUGGAGAACUUCUCAAUAUUGGAAACACACUUGACAUGGUUGUGCAUCUGUUCUGUUUUUGUAACUGCCGUCAAUCUAGUAUUAUAUUUAGUAGUGAAACCAAAUGCAUCCUCUAAAAGAAGUUCAUUAUCAUACAAGGUAACCAGGUUUUUGAAAUGCUGUAUCUACUUUCUUAUGUCAUGUUUCUUCUUUCAUGUAAUUUUUGUUCUAUAUGGAGCACCACUCAUAGAGUUGGUGUUGGAAACAUUUUUAUUUGCAGUUAUUUUGUCUACCUUUACUACUGUACCUUGUUUGUGUUUGUUAGGACCAAACAUCAAAGCAUGGCUAAGAGUUUUCAGUAGAAAUGGAGUUACAUCCAUUUGGGAGAACAGCCUUCAGAUCACUACAAUUUCUAGCUUUAUAGGAACAUGGCUGGGAGCCUUUCCUAUUCCACUCGAUUGGGAAAGACCUUGGCAGGUAUGGCCCAUCUCCUGUACGCUUGGAGCGACCUUUGGCUAUGUGGCUGGCCUUGUGAUUUCACCACUCUGGAUAUACUGGAAUAGAAAGCAACUUACAUACAAGAACAAAUAA